UUGUUGUUUAUUAUGAACAGGUUGGACAGGAGGUCACUAUCGCCGACUAGACAUGAGAACGAAUUAGGGUCUAGGUACGAAUCAUCCGUUGUAUUUUUGUAGCAAGAUUGUCUCAACCAAUAAAGUGUAUCCAAUGAUAACUUGUGAUUCAACAGAUUCUUGUUGGUUGUAAAACCUUGAUGAUAGAAUUGACAAGAGCAUGAAAUCACUUUUUCUAUUUCACGAAGAAAAGGACGAAACAUGAGAUCAAAGUCCAACUUGAAAAGUACAACUCGCAAGAUGCAGUAAGAAUAUACAAGAGAAACGGAAGAAAACGCGGGGCUGCAAGAAUGCAAGACAAAAGCUUCGACGGCUGAAAGAUCGUUCUGCCGUAGUUUUGCGGACCAUUUUACCGAUAUAUUCAAAAUGCUAUCGUUCACACAUUCUCUGAUGUAACACACCUUCUAUUCAUUGUUAAACACAUCUUCAAAGAAUCGAAUGAUAGGGCUUCGCUGUGCCAAGAAUCGAUGAAUUCCUAAGAGUUUUUAUGUGAUUGGUUUCGGCUACUUAUCUUGCUCGACGAAUCUGUCCUGUGUCACACAAGCAAAUUCGCCAUCGAACUUUCCAAGAAGUGCAGGAUGGAUGCUAGCAGAAGCUCGCAACUCGGCAAAGAAGAGAAUCAUGUGUUGUGUCGGAAAGUGACGUAUCCUAACUACGCCUACAGUCGAGAGGUAGCGGGAUGGCUCAGGCUCUUUCUCCUCACAGAACAGUACAAUGUUUCAAUCUGGAACAGGUUUGUGUUUUGAUCAUAAUACAGAAAUUGGUGAGACACGGAGAAACUUACUCAGUAUCAGGUGUGAGUAGCCACCAGCCAGAAUUUUGACAGUAGGGUGCUGGCUUUGGAAUACCGAUUAAUCAUGGCACACGCAGCAAAGAUGAGUGCUUUAGUGGAGAUACUGCAGCAAAGGUUGCAGGAGGGAGUAGAUAGAGUGAGACCUUUCGAACGCAAAGACUUGAUCAACCAGUUGCUGCAAGUAUCAAGGGCUGUUGAUCACUCAGUUGCUAGCAAUCAAAGGCCCAAUACUACGUACAAGAUUUUGGACAUAUGCAAGUUGAUAAUGAAGUUGAAGGAGGAUGACCAGAUCAAACCAUCAAUGAUGGUAUUUUUACUCUCUAUCAAAGGUGCAUGUCGGGCAGGUUGGUUCCGGCCCGUUGAGGCAGAGGAAUUUCUGUCCAUGUAUGACCAGUUACUUAAGUAUUUUCAGCUGGAUGGAGAUUGCUCAAGACAGUUAACAGGAAGUGCAGUUACAGAUGAAGAAAAUUCCAUUGCCGUAAAUUUGAUCAACACCAUAUGUCAGAGGUACUGUCCAAGAGUCAAGAUGGUCUCUGUCAUCCUAUCUUUCACGACGAAGCAAGAAUAUGAAAGUCGUGGUUGUGAUUUUAUCGUAACACAGCUUGCUGCAAAGACCAAGUUGAGUUUAUUUGUGAUACAGGUCGAAAACACGGAAACAUCAUCAUGCUUAGUGACCCCAAAUUCACUCAGUUUUGUACUAAAUGGUAGAGGUGUCGACAGAAGAUCGUCUCUCCAUAAUUCCCCGGAAACCGGACCACAGAUGCCAUCAGAUGUAACGCAUUUGUUGAGACUCGGAAAUAAUUUCAUCCAAGUUGUUGGCGAAUGUCCAGGCAAAUACUUGGUGGCAAUUGGGACGACAACUAUCACAUCUUUCACUGCGUCCUCCAUCGAAUUGAAGGAUUAUGUCGUUCCUUCGCCUGCAGGUGACGGUACUGAUGAUGAAGUCGUGGAAGCAGGUUCACGAGUUUCUCUUCGUUGUCCAAUAAGUCACAAGCGAAUAAAAACUCCGGUCAAGGGUGAAUUAUGUAGGCACCAUCAGUGCUUUGACUUUGAUAGCUAUGUUGAAAUAAAUGAGGUACGACCUGUCUGGCGGUGUCCCUAUUGCAACUCCAACCUCAACUGUCUACAAUUACGUCUUGAUAAGAAAAUGAGUCAGAUAUUGAAGGACGUGGACGAGAAGUACUUUGAGGUUUUUGUUAAUCAAGAUGGCUCUUGGGUGCCCGGCCAAUUGUCAGAUGAUUUGAAAGAAGCUACUGCUCGAUGUACUACUGCAAGUGCUGGUGGUGCUGAUGCUCCGAUGUUAGAUGUUAGUUUUAUCGACUUAACGGAGGAUGAGGAGAUGAAUGAGCCGGGCUUAUGUGUAGAGAAUAUCAGUUCACCCAGGGUGCAGCCCGUGGUGUCAGCUGGAAACUUGACUUCAAGUAUUGCAGAAGGACCGGAAGACAGGAAACCUGACAUUGGAGGGCUAUUUGCUACGAGUUUGUCACCAUCUCCUGCAGUAUCCAAUGUCUCAACUCGAGAGAGACUAGAUACUUCUGCCGGAUAUGCUGUACUAAAUGAUUCAUCAUAUCAGACAGGACUUGCUAUCAACCAUUCUAGAGGGACACGUGAGUCCGGUGCAGGAGUUCGACACAUGCAAAACUCUGCUCCAACUACUCACAUGUGGUCUGGUGGCAAUGGUUCAGUAUAUGCUUCAUCUUCACCUUCUACUGUUCAGCAGCCUGGUAAUCGGGCAUCCUCUUUAGACAGACAAGCCUAUGUUUCUGCUGCCGGGGGACAGGCCUUGCCAUUGACCAAUCAAGCAUUGGGACAAAGAGCCAGGAUAGGCUCUCUGUCCCAAAGUGCCAUGUCAGGUGUACCGGCGCAUGGUGGCUUCAUAACAAGCACGAGUCAGACGCAGUCUAGUCUUCCGCCAACUGCUCCGUUGGGAUCUGAGCAGGUGUUUCAACACGACGUACUUUAUCAGCAACAAUCACAAGAUCUCUUCAGACAAAUGCAGCUCAACUCAAAUGCCUUCCGCGCACCCGGUGACAUGGAUGCAUCUCAACGGAACCAGAGGCGGGGUCCACGGAACACUGGGAUUGGCCUCCACCAUAAUUCGGUGCAAAAUGAUCAACACCUUGCUCGUGAAGUCCAGAUGCAGCAGUUUGGAAGUGCAAGUCCGUCUUUAGCCGAACAAUCACAACACAACCAGACAUAUUCACAUCUUGGGCACAGUCACAAUAUUUCGCGUCAGGAUUAUUGGCAAGCUCCGCGUUUGACACAGCAGCAGCUCCUACAGCUUCAAGUUCAUCUGAAUCAUCCAAAUUCUAGACCUUCUCCAGGAGGCCGAUCUCAACCUUUUAUUUCACCGCCUGCGGUGCCAAUCGGAGGUUCACAACAGGUGUCAAAUUCGAGGUCUAGUCCUCGUGUCUUGAAUGCAGCGACCGUGCAUUCAUCGACGGCGACCGUCGCUGCAGCUAGCAACACCACAGGAGUAGCACCACCACAAGUUGCGAAUUGGAGGCCUGCAGGGAGAAUGAGAGGAAGUGUCAGUGGAGGGUUUCUUGCUGGUAAUCGGAGUGGAGUUAAUUCCGUUGCACCUCAGCCUGGGACAGGAAGUCGUACUCGGGUAUCAGGAGCUCCUAUGAUAUCAAGCUUGCCCUUUUCUAAUACCGCGAAUCUGGCACCUCCCAACCUCAAUAGUGCUAAUUUAUCACCUUAUCCAUUGCCUCUUCCGACUGUGCCUAGCGUGGAGAGUGUGCGAGCAACGACAUACGGUGCCAGUCGUCUUCCUUCAGAGGAAUUCAGUGUCUCUGAUCCAUUUUUCAAUGCUGGUGGACCGAUGACGUCUUCUGAAACGUUACAAGACGUGGUGUGGCACCCAACAAUUGGACCUGACCUGGUAGACGGUGGUGGAACACCAGAGGUGGAUCGAUGGUUAGAUGAAGCUAUGUUCAAUCAAGUCAGUUCUCAGGGCCUUUGAUGGUGUUCGGACAACUUUAGUUACGCUCAUGUCAGUUAUAGGACCCUUUGGAAGUUGUCUCAUUUUUCUGGGAAAGUCGCAACAUGUCUUUAAACUUAGACAUUUUUCUAUCAGUACGUUCUCAACGAAGUAGUGAAGAGAUAGAUUACUUUGAUGCACCUUUUCUGACUUCGAAGCAAAUCUCAGGAAUCUAGGUAAGGGCCUCUGAUUGCCCUCUACAUUUUGAAACUACUGAUGACUCUCUGAUCCAACAACUUCUAGUCAUUGACACGGAUCAAGAGAGGCUUGUUCUAGAAAUCCCAUAUACUGUAAUUACAAACCUGGAUUUCGUAUGUCUCGUGCCCUGUUUGAAAGGAAAGGGUACUUUGAUUUUGUGAAAUUGUAAGAAGUUCAGAGGAAGAAAAUCCAGGAGGAAAAUAUUUCAAAGUACUUGUACAUCGAGCUCGCA